UACUUUUCUUCUCUGUGUCCGUUGUUUCCUAAGUUGCAAUCUCUCUCUCUGGAAUCUCCCACCUUCUCUCUCUCAACUCGAACAGACACUCUCUCUAUAUAUCUAUAUCUAUCUAUCUAUAAAUGUGCAUUUAUAUGCGCAGUAUUUCUAGCUCAAAGCUCUAGAAGUCUUCAAUUCAGUCAAAGAACUAGACAGAUAGUACAAUCUGAGAGCUCGAUGGUCCGAUCUGAGCUUACUGAACUGGUUGGUGACCAUUUUGAGGGUUACAAUCGAUCGAAUUUGGUUUCCUGAGUCGUGUUUCUAGAGAGAGAAAGUUUGAGAGAGAGAGAUGUACAAGAACCAGCUGCAAGAGCUGGCGCAGCGGAGCUGCUUCAAUCUCCCUUCCUACACGUCCAUAAGAGAAGGCCCCGAUCACGCGCCGAGAUUCAAGGCCACCGUCAACUUUAACGGCGAGAUCUUCGAGUGCCCUAACUACUGCACAACGCUGCGGCAGGCGGAGCACUCGGCGGCCGAGUUGGCGCUCAAUGCCCUUGCCGGCCGUGGACCUUCGCACUCCCUCGCCGCCAGAAUACUGGAUGAGACAGGGGUCUACAAGAAUCUCCUGCAGGAGGUUUCACAAAGAGUAGGAGCAUCUUUGCCCACAUACACAACUUUCCGAUCAGGCCUUGGGCACCUACCUGUCUUCACCUGCACUGUACAGUUGGCUGGCAUCACAUUUACCGGUGAACCAGCCAAGAACAAGAAACAAGCUGAAAAGAAUGCAGCCAUGGCAGCUUGGUCAUCUCUGAAACUAUUAUCUCAACAUUCUGAGAAUUCAUCAUCAGAAAAAGCAAAUAAUGAUGAGCAGGAGCAUGUUACUGUAGCACGCGCUCUGCAGAAUUUUCUUAUGAAGGCAAAGAUUUCUAAUUUGUCAUUCCCAUUUAAGUUUCCAAUACCGAAUCCGAGACCACCAAUUUCACAUCCACCUCCUGUAAUUGCAUCAAAAAUCCUUCCCUUAAUAUGCUCAAAGGCAGCUCCUUGGAGCAGACCUGCUGCCACGCCUGUAAACCACAGCCCAAUUUGCCCAAAGACAGCUUCUAAAAACAGACCCUCGAUGACAACAAUAAAUGAUAGACCCAUAUGCCCAAAUAUAGCUCCUCAAAGUCAAUCCCUAAUCACAUCGGUGAAUGAGAGCUCCCUACCAUCACCCAAAAGCCCUAAGGUCCGACCUCAGAAAUUCCCUGCAGCUGGAGCAGCACCCUAUAUUCCUGUCCGACAUUUUAGGGCACAUUAUGGAAUUGCACCGCCAGUGACCAUAAGAAAUGCAAUACCUGUUUUCUCUGCGAGGCCAGUUCCUCCACCUAGUCCACAAUUGCUGCCUCGGCCUCUGGGUGUUGCCCCACCUGUCUGCAUACGGCAGGCUGAGCCGGUUUAUGGUGCUCCACCAGUUCGACUAGAGGAACCUCGUGCUUCUAUGGUUUCUACCAUCCCACUGGCCAACUCAUCAGCACAAACGGAUAAAGCAGAGAAUGCAGUUCAGGACAAGAAGCUGGAAUCUGAGGUGAUUCAGGGCUUGGAAGAGCUAAAGACUUGACGUCAAACAGUGCAGUUCUUGAAUUGCAAGAGCAUUUAUCAAGGUUUUGUACCUGCUUCCGUCAUCCUAUGAGCUUUCUGUAGGUUUUAGCAUUGUUCAAUCGUUUUCUUUUUUCGGUUAUGAAGAGCAACAUGGCGUCACAUUAAGCCUAAGUUGUCUUUAAUUUCUUGGCACUAUGCACCACAGGAAAUUGCCUGUCCAACUUGUUGGUACACAUUAGGACUUCAUGUUGGUUUCCAGAAAAGAGUACCAACAGCAAUUGGACGGUAUACAUAAUACAGACGGAUAAAAAUGAAUGAAUGAAUUGAAAACCACGAUUACUUCCCGAUUAUCUCCUCCCAUUGGGUUUGACACCACCAGCAGAAUUGCUCACACUAAACCCAUGCCUUGGGCAAAUGGUUUCCUAGUUUUGCCAGGUAUUCUGCUAUUGUAUUUGCCGAUGUAAUUUCUUUCUAAUUACUGUAUCAUGUAAAUCAAAUUUUUAGGACAAGAGUCCAAGAAUAGACACUGCUCUAGUUUUUACCAAAACAUAAUAUUAUAGUGAAAUGGACUUCCACUUGUGGGUAAUCCAAUUAUGUUGUAUGAGGAGUCCUAGUAUGGAGGCAGAAGCAGCCAAGGGAACUAUAAUUCACUUUUUUCGACAGUGCUACGAAGAGACUUAAUAUAUCUCAACAAGUUCGUUCCAUUUAGAGCAGACUUGCUAUAGAAUUCUGUAACUUUUUUCUUGCAUAAAGUAGUGGAAGCUUUUACCUUCUUUGAUGUCU